UCGGUCGAUUGUCGAUUUCGACAUCUAGUCGGUUGUCAAUCUUUUUAUUUGUUAAAAAUAAUAAAAUGUAAUAUCUCUACAUUACUUACUCAGUUCUAGUUAUACUUAAAAUUUAGUGAUAAAUUAUCGUAAUUCUUUUUACGAGAAAGCAUUUUAUAUAUAAUUAUAAAAGUAAGUCAAACUUCCUACAUACAUAACUAAUUGGGGUCAAUCAACUUCCAGCCACAGACUAGAUUGAGAUAAAAUGCGUGGAAGACCAGGAGGAAGAAGAUCUCGAAGUAGAGACCGACGAAGAUCUCGAAGUCGUGACCGAGGAUAUGGUGGAGGAGGAGGAGGAGGAGGCAACAGAAGAAAUGCAGCAGGUGCUAUGUUGCGUAAACCUAGAUGGGACUUGAACCGAUUAGAACCUUUCAAAAAGGACUUUUAUGUACCCUUACCUUCAGUACAAAAUCGGUCUUUGUAUGACCUAGAAGAAUGGAGAAGAAAACAAGAAAUAUCUCUCAAAGGAAAAGGUAUUCCUAAUCCUGUGCUAUCUUUUGAAGAAGCUGGCUUUCCAGAUUACGUUAUGGAGGAAUUGGUCAAAAUGAACUUCAAAAGUCCAACAUCCAUACAAGCUCAAGGUUGGCCAAUCGCUUUGUCUGGUAGAGAUAUGGUAGGAAUAGCUUCUACUGGUUCGGGAAAAACUUUAAGCUACAUUUUACCUGCAAUUGUACAUAUAAAUAAUCAGGCUAGAUUAGUAAGAGGAGAUGGACCAAUUGCCCUGAUUCUGGCACCUACAAGAGAGCUUGCUCAGCAAAUCCAACAGGUUGCUACAGAUUUUGGUCAAACUUCAAGAAUCCGCAAUACCUGCAUCUUUGGUGGUGCACCUAAAGGUCCGCAAGCUAAUGACCUAAUGGAUGGAGUAGAAAUUGUCAUAGCAACUCCAGGUCGUCUCAUUGAUUUUCUGGAGUCAAACAGAACUAAUCUGAAAAGAUGCACAUAUCUUGUCCUGGAUGAAGCUGAUCGUAUGUUAGAUAUGGGGUUCGAGCCACAAAUUAGAAAGAUCAUUGAGCAAAUUCGACCUGAUCGGCAAACUUUGAUGUGGUCCGCUACUUGGCCUAAAGAAGUACAAAAUUUAGCUCAAGAGUUUUUGAAAGAUUAUAUUCAAAUUAACGUUGGAUCUUUACAACUAUCUGCUAAUCAUAACAUUCUACAGAUUAUUGAUGUUUGUCAGGAGUAUGAGAAAGAGAGCAAAUUAAGUACUUUGCUAAAGGAAAUCAUGUCUGAAAAGGAGAACAAAACUAUUAUUUUUAUUGAAACCAAAAGGAAAGUUGAUGAUAUUACUAGGAAAAUGAAGAGAGAUGGGUGGCCAGCUGUUUGUAUACAUGGAGAUAAAUCUCAACAAGAAAGAGAUUGGGUAUUACAAGAUUUUAGAACAGGAAAGGCUCCAAUUUUAGUAGCCACUGAUGUAGCUGCUAGAGGUCUAGAUGUCGAAGAUGUAAAGUUUGUGAUAAAUUUCGAUUAUCCUUCAAAUUCUGAAGAUUAUGUUCACCGAAUCGGUCGAACAGGUCGAUCUCAAAAAACCGGAACUGCUUAUACGUUUUUCACGCCCAGUAAUUUUAACAAAGCCGCAGAUUUGGUAGCUGUCCUCAAAGAAGCCAAACAAGUCAUCAAUCCUAAGUUGCAGGAUAUGGCCGAUAGAGGUUACUCCGCUACCAAUUCAAUGAGAGGAAGAAGUAGAUGGAGUCGAAAUCCACGAGGUCGUCGUUCUCUGUCGCGUUCUAGAUCAAGAUCCAGGUCGAGAUCUCGUACACCAAGACGGAGGCGUGACAGAAGCCGUUCAAGAGAUCGACCUAGAAGAAGAAGAUCUCUUAGUAGAGAUUCAUCACGCAGCCCAAGAAAAUCGAGGUCCAACGGUUCCUUAUCCCGAUCUGAAUCUCCCGAUUCGAUCAAACACAAUUUAUUAGUGCCACCGCCCAUGAAUAAUCGUCCGCCCAGUCCACCACAAAAUAUGCACAAUCCACCUCCUCAGUUGCUACAACAUCCUCCGCCGUCUGUAACUCAGAACCCUCCCCCAAAUGUUUUACCGCAACCAUCUUCUCAACCGCCCAUUUUUCAAAACAAUAACCUACAGCAGCGACCGCCAAGUGUCUUGCCGAUGAGACAACCAGCUCCUCUUCUAAAUAAUACAAAUCCUCCUCAAAGACCUCCACAUAUGCAAGGUCCUCCUCUUAUGCAAGGUGUUCCACUCCAACAACAAAGACCACCAGUAGCUAUCCCCGGAAUUCCACAAAGACCCAUGCAAGGACCUCCUCCAAAUAUCCAUUUGCAAAACUUACAGCAACCUCCUCCUCCACCACCUCAAUCACAAUUACAGCCGCCUCUUCCGCAAGGCCCGCCUAUGCAUCAACCUCCACCUCAAGGGCAUCUAUUGCACCAACCUCCUCCUCAACAAAGACCACCCUUGCAUCAACAAGGGCAACAAAUGUUAGCUUUGUCUAACCACAAUUUUGUCAAUCAAAAUCUAGGUCAUCAACCGCCACCUGCAUCCAACCCUUUUGGUGGUUAUCAUAUACCUAAUGGAACUCUAUUUUUUAACGCACCUCCCCCACCACCACCAGCACAAAGAGUCACUGGAGUUUACUUCCAAUACGCUCCGCCUCCCCCAGCCCCUCGAUAAACACUAGUUUAGUAAAUAAAACAGUGGGAAGUAUGUGUUAACGCAAAUACGGGGGUAAUUCGUAAAAAAAGGUUCCCUACGCUGCUGAUAAAGAAUGCCACGUGCUAGAAGAAAUCUGGCAACACUGUCUUACGGGGGUAAAAUGAAACACCCAUGCCAUGUGUCGUCGCCUACAACAAUGGAAUCCUAAGUGGUGGAGUAAGAGGGAGAGUUGAAGCGUAGGACAGUGUUGCCAGAUUUCUCCCAGCACGUCGCAUUAUUUCUCGGAGGCGUAGGUAACCUUUUUUUACGAAUGACCCUCGUAUGAUGGGGGAUUUCUGAGGAGUGAAGAACGGUGUCUAUUUUUUAGCGCUGAUAAGUUUCUACUCCAAGUAUGGAAUACGUUUAGCUUUAAGAAAAUAUUAUUUGAUGUUCAAACUAACAGUGUUUAUUGAUUUUGUUUAAGAUUAAAUAUUAAACUUACUGCUUAAUAUAAAGUCUUAGGUCAGUAA